UCGAAAUAGCACCAUGUUUGUACACUAGAUGGUGAUUUGGUUCUUAUCCCGCACAUGCGCUGUGGUUGAGACUCGAACAUGGCUGCUUUGAGGAGAUGGGGCUCCAGUGCAGCAGCUACUGCCACCAGUAGAGGUUUAAGAUGGGAGAGGCUGUGGAAUAGUCGUGCAAGUGUGUGGUGCCGCAGUCUUCUGAGUGACUAUAAGGAAGCAUGCCGUGAAAUAUUUGUCGGCGCAUACGAGCGCCCUUUCAAAGCCAGCCUUUACAUGGCCUUGCUUGGAGGUACGUAUGCCUGUUACUACACCAAUCCAGACUACACGUCCUUCCAGUCGAGAAUACUCGAGAGCUCCAACCAGCUUGCCCUCCUGUCUCCGUGGAUCCGUAGUGGCACAUCGGAUGGGCAUGUGCAGAACUUGGCCAAGCUGCGCAACGAGGGCCGUCUGCGAUACAUCAGCCUGGGCGUCGUCUCCUUGGCCUACAUGGUCGACUACGACCCAGAGUCCAGUCUGUACGAGGCACGGUGCUCCGCGCUGUCUGUGCCCUGGGCACAGUUACCUGACCGUGUGCUGGAUGUAGGCUUUGCUGGGCGUUGGUGGGUGUUGGAAAAUAAAAUGGAAAACUACGAUAUAAACGAGGACGAAUUCAAGCACCUCCCACCUGCUCUGCUGGCCACAGCGCCCCCUACAGCACAGGAGACGGAGAGGAACGAGAGACUGCACCAGGAGUCCUGGAAGGCACUGGUGAUGGAGGGACAAGAAGAGAUGAAGGAAUAGACAGCAGGACAAACCAGAAAGUUUAAUACGGUUUGUGUUGUGAUAAAGAGCAGCUGCUGAUUUCGACCCGUGUACACGUCCCGUAUGAUCACAUGAAUGUGUGUUUCAGCCUGGAAAGACAUUUCUGAACUCUUAUUUAUUGUGGUGCUCGAGCAAAAUAUAAAGCUGUCUGUCACAGUACUAUGAUGUCCUCUGAGAAAAUGAAAAUUUCUUGACCCCUUGUUUUCUUCUCUGCUACGUUUCUUGCUGUGCCCAGUUUGAUAUUACCAGUCACGGUAAUGUGAACCUGCUCUCAUUGAAUUUAGAAUUGAAUGCAGAACAACCUACUUUUUACAGAAUUAAUAAAUGUUUAUCCGUUCUUGAGAUGUUACAAAUCAAACAUUGGAAAAAAAAAAACACGGCUUAAUUUUUUAGAAAACCUGCUGUAAAAUUCUGUAUGAGGAACACGUGGUCCAAAAUGGGCCUCAUUAACCAAUGAGAAUUUUUUUUUUUUUUUUAAUAACGUUUCUGUUUUUCAAGAUAUUUGCAUGGAGAUUGGCAGGCACAGAGAUUGUUGUAUGCUGAAUACAAAGUUUGAAAAAAAAAUCAGUAUUUAAUUAGUUAGACAUUACAUCUGUACGCUCA